UUUCGUUUGCCCUCAGUGUAACUGGUUUUUCGUAUGUCUUCUAUGUUGACUUGUCAAGGUGUGGUGUUGGCCACAGCUAUGGCGGUUUCCGCCGGCACGAUAAUCCUGUUCGAUCUUUGCCGGGAAAGGUAUCUCCAUUCCACCUCCCUUCUUCUCCGGAAUCACGAUUCCCAUUCCGAUCAUAACCUCAAAUCUUGUUUAUCUUCAGGUGGUAGCAAGAAAGGGAAGAAGAAUAAGAGUAAGAGAGUUAGAUUUGCAGAUGAUGUAAGAGAAACGAGAGGGAAUGGGGAACUGUACAGAAGGAAACACAGAGAAUCUGAUGGAAUUCAAAAGAGUUGCUGUGGGAAUCAAAUUAUUGGGCUACAGAAAGUGAUGCCCGCCAAUCGUGCGGUUCUGUACAGUGGGAUUCUCAAGGGUCGUGUGCAGAGGAUUGCUUACUCCUAUUGAAUUUCUUUUUUUCUUUUUUAAUUUUUUUUUUAAUAUUUUUAACUGCAAAAAAAUUGUAAAGAGAAAAAAAAAUUAAUCUUGAAUUUAUGUUUUUUUUUUUCUUUUUUAUGAAGCAGCAAGUUUAUGAAUUUCCUUUUAUGAAUUAUAUUUUUGAUUU